GAGUACAAGGCAUGUAACCUGGAGGCGUGUCCAGAGGUGAAGAGGAACACCCCCUGGACCCCGUGGAUGCCCAUCAACGUGACCCAGGGUGGGGCACGCCAGGAGCAGAGAAUGCGCUACAUGUGCCGUGCCCAGCUAGCAGACCCCCACGAGCUGCAGAUCGGACGACGCAAAGUAGAGACCCGCUUCUGCCCCAACGACGGCACGAUUGCCUGCGAGACCGACAGUGAGUAUCCGAUGUGGAAUCGGUAGUUAGUUGUGCUAAUAGCAACCAUUGAGCAAGUGACAUGUAUUGUGUUGGUGUGCAGAGGGUUGGGAGUUCAGGCCCAGGUUUAAAUAUAAUUUUAAAUAUAAUUUUCACUCUGUUAAACCCACCCACUCUCAAUCUAUAUUAUAGACGGCUCUCAGACCAUUGUGGGAAUACUGCCCUUGAAUAGUUACUGUACUGUAUGUAUACAGGAGGUUGGUGGCACCUUAAUUGCGGAGGAUGGGCUAGUGGUAAUGACUGGAGCAGAAUAGGUGGAGUGGUAUCAAUUACAUGGUUUCCAGGUGUUUGAUGCCAUUCCAUUUGCUCUGUUCCAUUAUUAUAAGCCGUCCUCCCAUCAGCAGUAUCCUCCCCCUGGGUGGUACAGUGAUGUAGAGCAUGAUGAAGGAAUCCUCCUGUUAGUGUGUUAGUGUCUGUUAGUGUGUUAGUGUCUGUUAGUGUCUGUUAGUGUCUGUUAGUGUCUGUUAGUGUGUGUUAGUGUCUGUUAGUGUGUUACUGUCUGUUAGUGUGUUAGUGUCUGUUAGUGUGUUAGUGUGUUAGUGUCUGUUAGUGUGUUAGUGUCUGUUAGUCUGUUAGUGUGUUAGUGUCUGUUAGCGUGUUAGUGUCUGUUAGUGUGUCUGUUAGUCUGUUAGUGUCUGUUAGUGUAUGUUAGUGUGUUAGUGUCUGUUAGUGUGUUAGUGUCUGUUAGUGUGUUAGUGUCUGUUAGUGUCUGUUAGUGUGUUAGUGUCUGUUAGUGUCUGUUAGUGUGUUCGUGUCUGUUAGUGUGUUAGUAUGUUAGUGUCUGUUAGUGUGUUAGUGUCUGUUAGUGUGUUAGUGUCUGUUAGUGUGUUAGUGUCUGUUAGUGUCUGUUAGUCUGUUAGUGUGUUAGUCUGUUAGUGUCUGUUAGUGUGUUCGUGUCUGUUAGUGUGUUAGUGUCUGUUAGUGUCUGUUAGUGUGUUAGUGUCUGUUAGUCUGUUAGUGUGUUAGUGUCUGUUAGUGUGUUAGUGUCUGUUAGUGCGUUAGUGUGUGUUAGUGUAUUAGUGUCUGUUAGUGUGUUAGUGUCUGUUAGUGUGUUAGUGUGUAGGUCUCCCAGCAGGCAGGCAGUGCUGCUGGUCACAGUCCAAUGCUUCUCUCCUGGUGGCAGCUUUACACCCUCCGCUCACUGUAUCGAUUAACUGUAGCUGGCUGACAGUGGCCAGGCUGGCCAGGGUGGGCUGGGUAGGUAGGGUGGGCAGACAGGAGGACAGACACAGAGAGCAGCUGAUUAACUGCUUCUGAACGGGAAAUACAGUCUAGACUGGACAGGACUGAAGGGAAGGCUGGGCUCUCUCUCUCUGUCUCUCUGUCUCUCUCUGUCUCUGUCUCUCUCACUCUUUCUCUGUCUCUCUGUCUCUCUCUGUCUCUCUGUCUGUCUCUGUAUCUCUCUCUGUCUCUCUCUCUCUCUCUCUCUCUCUCUCUCUCUCCUCUCUCUCUCUCUCUCUCUCUCUCUCUCUCUCUCUCUCUCUCUCUCUCUCUCUCUCUCUCUCUCUCUCUCUCUCUCUCUCUCUCUCUCUCUCCCUCUCUCUGUCUGGCCAGGUGGCUCUGUCUGCUGUAUAUAUAUUCAGUCAGUGAGGUCACUGUAAAACACUUAAGCACUGCCCAACGUGUCACAGUCUAGCCAGACUUACCCAGAAUAAGACCAGAGCUGACUUGAGUAAUGGCACAGAUAUGAAUAAAGUAAGAAUACUUCCUCAGUACAGAGAGGAGAUUAUUUUUCAGUUGUAUGACUCACCAUGGAGGCAGGAUUGAAGAACCUGAAUAGCUUGGGAAUGGACUAGAAUGGGUGUGUGAGUGUGUUUCAGUAUAAAGAGAGGCUGGUCCUAUUGAUCCCCUGGUCUCAGUGAUCUGUCCCCUGUAUGUGUGAGCUAUUCCAUACACGUAUAUGAUAUACACUGGUAUCAUACUACUCUAUCUCUAUGACCUGUGUAAUGUAGAAAGGAUUCAGUGUAUUGAGUAGACCAGUAACCUGUGUAUUAACCCUUUCCUGUACUGGUAGCUCUAGUGGAGGAACUCCUAAGGACCCCUGUGUUACGAGUAGCAGGCUCCGACUGGUCGUCAUGGGAGACGUGGUCCGCCUGCUCCCAGGACUGUGCCAAGGGGUACCGCACCCGCAAGCGCACCUGUACCACCCCAGAGGGCAAGGCUGCCCCGCCAGCCUGCAGGGGCUCACCGGUGGAGUACCAGGACUGCAACUCUCAGGCCUGCCAAGGUAAAGGGGAAGAGAACAUGCACACACAUACACACACAUACACACACAUACACACACAUACACACAAACUACUUCCAUAACUAUACAUCAAUGACCUCCAGUUGUGGUUAGCAUAAUACACACAUUAACACACCACCAGCGAGAGAGCUGUAUGCUAAUGCUAGUCCUGUAAAGUUAUGCUGAGGGGAUCAUUGGUUCCAUUAGCUAAUAAAAUAGAAUCGAGGAGUCCUUGGUUACAGUAGCUGAGUCAUUCUAGUGUUUAAAUUAAAGCACCUCAUCAUCCCCUAAUCAUGCAGUUGGCCUGCUUUAACCAGUGGUAACUCCACCCAGCCCUGCUCAUAACAACUGCUCUUAACACUGGAAUGUGGACUGACUGUAUUCAUGUUGUAUGGUUGGUGCAUCACUGAUGAUCAUCCCUUGAGUCUGUCAUCUCUCUCUCUGUCUGUCUGUCUGUCUGUCUGAUAGUUGGAUAUUAUGGGAGGGAGGGAGAGAGAGAGAGAGAGAGAGAGAGAGGCAAGGGAGAUAGUUGAAGAAAAUAGAUUUGACAAGAUUGAGAUGGAGGUGAAGAGUGUGAGACAGAAAUGGCUAUAAGGAGACUUCUCUGGUCCUGAUGUAUCUAUCUUUAUUUUACAAGUUUGCUGGUUUUCUUGAGAGGCUCUCUCUUUAUAUUCCACUUUCCCCAAAAUGUCCUCCCCAGUCCCAUCACCAUGCAGCAUUCACAGGGGCCAGACAGACAGCCAGAGGGGUGUGAGGCAACCAAAGCAGUCACGUCCCAGUUCGCUCUCCCUACUAUCUAAUCCACUGAAGUAAAUUGAGUUUUCUAGAGCACGAGGUGAGGGGGGUGAGGACGGCAUUACAGCCCCACCUCCACUACCCACUCAACACUCACCUUCAUCUCUCUCUGUCAAAUCCAUUAUUUACUGUCUCGCUCCCCUCACCAUUCACUCUCUCAGCUCAAACACUCUCAUUCAGAAGGGCAUGCUGACUGACUGUACCUGUUCAAUGUGAGUGGAAUGACAACAAACUUAAUAUAGCAAGCCUUUAUAGAGGGGUUAAGCAUAGCAGAGUUAUUCUUAGGCAUGGAAGGUGCUGUGUAGGGACAAUGGACAGCAGUGUAGUUUUUUAAGUAGAUAAUCUAUCUGGUCCUCUGGGUAGACUUUGGUUUUGUUUAUUGCAGCUACAAGAGGAUAGUAUUUCAUAUGUUUAUUUUUGCCUAGUUAGUGAUGAGAGAGAUAUCUGGCCUUGCUUGUAUGUUUAUGUCUUGUGUGUGUUUGUCUUUGUGUGUGUGUGUGUUCCUGUCCAGUGAGUGGAGCCUGGUCAUGUUGGUCGUCCUGGUCUCAGUGUUCAGUGCCCUGUGGUGGAGGGCACUACCAGCGUACCCGCUCCUGUAACAACCCCAGCCCUGGCAACGGAGGAGAUAUCUGUAUUGGGCUACACACUGAGGAAGCGCUGUGCAACACACACACCUGUGACGGUAAGGCACACACACAUCACACAUCACACCCAACACCACCCCAACACAUCCAUCAGAGUCACACGCUUCCUUUACAUCAGGACGAUCAUUAGCUCUAAUCAAUACAUUACAAUUAGUCUAUCAUGAUAAUUACUCACUGAUCAAUACUGUGCCAAUCAACACCUUGUUAUGUCGCUCCAGAGAGGGCUUUGAAAUGGAGUUCCAAGCCUGUCUGCUGCUUCUCUUUUGCAGCCUCAGUGCCAGCCUUGUGGGGGUACAGACCGGUGGUGUACCUUUUGGCCCUCUGCUCUGUGUGUUCCUCUGUGUAGUGGCUCUGCUCCCAAUAGGACACUGUCAUAUGUGUGAUUCUGAGCCGGCUAAUCCUGGACUGGGUAGAAAGUUACUCUCAGACGUUUCUCUGAAUAAGCCCACAGCCCUAAUGAGAGACGAGACACCGUUUCUAAAGAAUUUCUUUUUUGUUUUAUCUGAUUCCUAUCCUAAUCCAUUCUUUAUUUCCUGGAAUUUGCUAGCCAGUGUCAAUAUUUCUUCUGUUGCUGCUGUGGCGUGUGGCCUUGUGUGUGUGCAUGCACUGUGCUCUUUAUAAACUGAGACUGACCACAGCGUCAGGAAAGAACAAGGGCUUUUAUCAAUAGUCUUCUUCCUAAAGACCAAAAGGUCAUUCAUAUUGAAUUAGCCCAACUGUCAGUCAGUCGGUCAGUCAGUCAGUAAUUACAGACAAGGAAGGGAAUUGUUUUCUUUCUUUUACUUGGACUGCAUCCCAAAUGGCAACCUAUUCCCUAAAUAGUAUUCCCUGGUCAAACGUAGUGCACUAUAUAGGGAAUAGGGUGCCAUUUGGGAUGCAGUCUUGAUGCAUAUCAGCCCGUUUCCUCAGGUUAAUGUUCUCUUUUGACGUAGGGCAAACACUUCCCGUUAGAAGGGUGUGUGUGCCUGCACAGCUGCCUGUGCUUGUGUCCACAGUUUGCCAUGCUAAUGACGUGGCCAUCUCAUCUGUCUCCGGCUAUGGUACAUUUACUGACAGGCAGGACAUUGGUCAUCUAUGCAUGGAUCCUCGCUCACUUCCCUACAGAUACAGUGCACCUCCAAUUAGCCAAAAGGCCUUGUGUCUGUCAGUCCCCAGCCUAUCUGAUGGCCCUUUCUGAGAUGGCUAAAGAGAUUGUGCUAACUAAUGGAGGACAGGUGUGUGUGUGUGUGCUUGUGUGUUUGUUUGUGUGUGUGUGUGCGUGCAUGCGUGUGUGACCGUUAUUACAGUGAAUGCUAAUAGAGGUGCCUCAGGAUUUUAUUUCUAGCUUGAUCCAAUUCUACAGCUCAGACACGUUGGUUUGGUUGAGGGACGUAAAUAAAUGAAUGAAAUAUAUGAAGCAAUUAUAGUAAGAGGGCUGGUUUGCUGCAUUAUUAAACACAAAUGUGAUAUUAUGCGACAGUACAGUGUCCAUAUUAGGACAGGCUCAGAGUCACAAGGCCACCAACUCCUUGUGACUCUGAGGCUGUCCGAAUAUGGAUACCAUCCUAAUAUGGACACCUUACCAUGGGGGUUGUAUUCUGUCGUUCUACCAACACGGGUUGUGGGAGAUCAAAGAGCAGACGGAGCAGCUUCAGCAGCCAGUGACUGAGUCUCUGACUGAUAAGAGAGGUAAACAAAAUGGCUGCUGUCAUAGAGCCUUAUAUAUGUACAGUUUCUUUGGAUUAAUGGGUUCUGUCAUUAUUUGUUGGGAAACUGGGAGAGGAUCUUUUCUGUUUACUGUAUACAAGCGCCUGCCGGCCAGGAAACAUGACUUAAGCUUGGCUCUGGACACAAACAUCUCGGCUAUGCACUAAACAAACUAUGGGUUUGCUUUCUCAUUACCUCACAAACAUUUGGGUCUGUUUGUAUAUGGCUAGGGUUGUUUGUGGCUGUGCUGUGGUGGGGCUAGUUUGUUUGUUUGUCUCAUGCUCUUGGGUGGGCAUGUUGGGUUCCAGGCAUUUUAAGACUGCAGCAGUUACUUCAACUCAGGGUGAGUCCAUGGUCAUUUGUCUGUGUACUGACAGUCACUGUGUGUGUGUGUGUGUGCAGGCGGCUGGAUGGCCUGGUCUCUGUGGUCAGCGUGUGACAAUGCAGGGCUGCAGGUACGCAGCAGGGUAUGUGGGGCUCAAGGCUCCGCCCCCUGUGUGGGAAACAGCACCGAGCACAGGGACUGCAAUGAGAUCCCAGGUGAGUCCGACACUCCUUUAUCAUCAGCAUCAUCACCAUUAUGUAACAUAGACGCACAUUGAAAUUAGCCGUAUCAUCACACACAUAGGGCCAGUUUUCAGAAUAAGCCAUUUCCUGGUCUAAAAAUCAUGUUAAAUUGAAAGUGCUUUUAAACCCAUCAGUGUUCUGGAAACUGCCCCAAAUAAUAUAAAACCCCUCCAAUCCCCACCAGACAGAGGCCUUGCCUAUCUUCUAUCUUAAUUAGCGCUAAUCUCAGUAAAUCAGGCUUCUCAGACUGCUCCUCUGAUGUCUCUGUCUGUUAAGGUUUUUUCCUUUAUUUUAGCCGUAGUCGUAGUGAUCUUUCAGGGCCUGGCUGCCAGAGACAAAACAAGACAUACUCACUAGCCCAGAAUACCAAGUGAAUUAAAUUAAGGCUUCUCGCAAUUAAUAUUAAUGUGUCACAACACCAAGGCUGCAUCACGAAUGGCCCCCUAUUCCCUAUAUAGUGCACUACUUUUGACCAGAGCCCUGUGUCCUGAUCAGAAGUAGUACACUAUAUAGGGAAUGGGGUGCCAUUUGGGAUGCAGGCCAAAUCACAUCUAAUUUAUUGCAAUUUUGGACGAGGCGAUGGAAAUCGUAAGGUCACUGGGAUGACGUGUGACACUGCCUGGGGGGAAUUUGCCCCAAAUAUAAUCAUAGGAUUGUUGCGUCUCAAUUAAAAACAUACCCUUCCCUCCAUUGCUCUCCCUCAAACUACCAUCCUGAUGAAUUAGUGGAAGGCAGACGUCGUUUAACUAUAAAUGAUUGGCUUUACUUUGAAUGUCUGUUAAACUUCAUAGAAGCUCAGGCUACACAACAUUCAACAUUCACGACAUUUACAACAUUCCACUGGAUAAAUGAUUCAUUGAUUUGUGUUUCAUGAUGUUUGCUUGUUUGUUUGUGCUGUAUGUACUGUAUACAGUAUAUCAUCUACCAGUUAAAAUCAAAGUCUACUUUGGUGUCUUGGGGUGAUUCCAGCUAUGUCUGUGGGUGGUAAGAAUCUGCAUGUGCUGGUAGCUGACUGUGUGUCUAUCUCUGCAUGUCUGUCUGUCUGUGUGUUGUGUUGCAGUGAUUCUCCCUGCGUCUGGCUUUGAUAAGGACCAGCAAUGCGGAGGUAAAUGGAUUAACAAUCUACGUGUGUGCAUGUGUGAUCGUGCGUGUGUGUUUGUGUGCGUGGACACACACACAAUCUACCUGGGGGGGAUGAUGUAGGGAUAGAGCGAGAGUUAGUUGUACUCCUUGACUUACCCCACAUUUUGUUGUGCUACAGCCUGAAUUCAAAAUGGAUUACAUUGAUUUUUUUCUCUACACACAAUACCCCAUAAUGACAAAGUGAAAACAUGUUUUUAGAAAUGUUAGCAAAUUGAUAACUCAUUUACAUAAGUAUUCACACCCCUGAGUCAAUAUUUUGUAGAAGCUGCUUUGGCAGCGAUUACAGCUGUGAGUCUUUCUGGGUAAGUCUUAGGGUUUAAUAUAUUGCCGGUAUUUUACAAAUGUUCCAACCCGAGAAUAAAUCACUUUUCACCCGGGUAACCUGGUAUUUCCUGCCAAAACCAGAAGUGUCAUUCAAAAGCAUUAUAAAGCAUAUAAAUAUGUCUGGUAUAACCUGAUGCCUAAUGAGCCAUAUACAGUAUUAAAUAAAUGUUAUGAGCCAAUACAUAUGAUAUAGGCUACUGCACGUUAUGCACGACAGAAAAACAUAAAAGCCCAUAGAUGUAGCUACCUAUAUACUCUCUUCGUUAAAUAAAUGAAACGAGCUCCAGUAGGCUAAUCUUUUUGAGUGUGAAUUGUAUUACUGUACUGUAUUAUACUGUAUUAUAUGGACUGGAAUUACGCACAUCGUUCAAACCAUGAUAAAGCAGAAGAGAACAUACGAUUCUGGUGUAGCACAUGCGGCCUACAAAGUUACAAGUAUAGGCACACCCUAUUCCCCUGUGUGAAGAAGUAAUUGCCCCCUUACACUCAAUAACUGGUUGUGCCACCUUUAGCUGCAAUGACUCCAACCAAAUGCUUCCUGUAGUUGUUGAUCAGUCUCUCACGUCGCUGUGGAGGAAUUUUGGCCCACUCUUCCAUGCAGAACUGCUUUAACUCAGUGACAUGUGGGUUUUCAAGCAUGAACUGCUCGUUUCAAGUCCUGCCACAACAUCUCAAUUGGGAUUAGGUCUGGACUUUGACUAGGCCAUUCCAAAACUUCCAAUUUGUUGCUUUUUAGCAAUUUUCAUGUAGACUUGAUUGUGUGUUUUGGAUCAUUGUCUUGCUGCAUGACCCAGCUGCGCUUCAGCUUCAGCUCACAGACGGAUGGUCUGACAGCUUCAGCUCACAGACGGAUGGUCUGACAGCUUCAGCUCACAGACGGAUGGUCUGACAUUCUCCUGUAGAAUUCUCUGAUACAGAGCAGAAUUCAUGGUUCCUUCUAUUAAGGCAAGUCGUCCAGGUCCUGAGGCAGCAAAGCAUCCCCAAACCAUCACACCACCACCACCAUGCUUGACCUUUGGUAUGAUGUUCUUACUGUGGAAUGCAGAGUUUGGUUUUCGCCAGGCAUUACUGGAACCAUGUCGUCCAAAGAGUUUUAAAACUCUGCAGCUGCAAUUUAAAAAAUAAUCUUUACAAUUAAAGAACAGGGUGACCCCCGAAAGCCAGAUGGAGAUGGGUAAAUUAGACGCUCAUUCGGGCUUUAUAUUACUGUAGCAUAGGCUAUGCUGCAGCAAAUGUAGGCCUACCUGUCACAAGAAAAAAAGUUACCAUGAUGAGACGAUAGGUCUACAUGCAUUGUGAACUGCGCUCCAUACUGAGAUGGGCUGUCUGUCCCCACCCUGAGCAUUGAUUCAUCAUGCAGAGGCCGUAGAGAAGCCAAAUUUAGACAUCGCAUAUCAGUUAACAGUUCCAUUUCACACCAUGCUGUUCAUAUAAAUAAGGGAGUGGUUUUUGGUGGUCAAUCUCGGUAACCUGGUUCCCGCUAUUCAACCUUAGUAAAGUCUGUAAGAGCUUUCCACACCUGGAUUGUGCAACAUUUGCCCAUUAUUCUUUUCAAAAUUCUUUAAGUUCUGUCAAAUUGGUUGUUGGUCACUGCUAGACAACCAAUUUCAGGUCAUGCCAUAGAUUUUCAAGUAGAUUUAAGUCAAAACUGUAACUUGGCCACUCAGGAACAUUCACUGUCUUCUUGGUAAGCAACUCCAGUGUAGAUUUGGCCUUGUGUUUUAGGUUAUUGUCCUGCUGAAGGUGAAUACAUCUCCCAGUGUCUGGUGGAAAGCAGACUGAACUAGCUUUUUCUAUAGGAUUUUGACUGUGCUUAUAGCUCCAUUCCGUUUGGGGGUGGGGGAGUUUAACGAUUACAAGCAUAUCCAUAACAUGAUGCAGCCACCACUAUGCUUGAAAAUAUGGAGAGUGGUACUCAGUAAUGUCUUGUAUUGGAUUUGCCCUAAACAUAACACUUUGUAUUCAGGACCAAAGUUUAACUUUCUUUGCCACAUUUUUUUAGUAUUACUUCAGUGCCUUGUUGAAAACAGGCAUAGCCGCGGGAAGAUGUUUGGGGGUGGGGGAGCUGCGAAAUAAGAGACGGCUAUUGGUCCGCUAAUACAGGACUCAUAAAGGCCCAGUGCACUACAUUUGUGAAGAAAAAAAUACUUGCCCAUGCUACAGAGGGCUAUAUCGGUCUGCUAAUACAGGACUAGUAAAGGCCCAGUGCACUACUUUUGUGAAAAAGCAUCCUCAGCACUCCUAUUUCCCGCCACUAUGCAAACAGGAUGCAUGUUUUGUAAUAUUUUUAUUCUGUACAGGCUUCCUUCUUUUCACUCUGUCAAUUACGUUAGUAUUGAGGAGUACCUACAAUGUUGUUGAUCCAUCUUCAGUUUUCUCCUAUCACAGCCAUCAAACUCAGUAACUGUUUUAAAGUCACCAUUUGCCUCAUGGUGAAAUCCCUGAGCGGUUUCCUUAAUCUCUAGCAACUGAGUUAGGAAGGACGCCUGUAUCUUUGUAGUGACUGGGUGUAUUGAUACACCAUCCAAAGUGUAAUUAAUAACUUCACCAUGCUCAAAGGGAUAUUACAUUUUUCACCCAUAUACCAAUAGGUGCCCUUCUUUGUGAGGCAUUGGAAAACCUCCCUGGUCUUUGUGGUUGAAUCUGUGUUUGAAAUUCACUGCUUGACUGAGGGACCUUACAGAUGAUUGUAUGUGUUGGGUAGUCAUUCAAAAAUCAUGUAAAACACUAUUAUUGCACACCGAGUGAGUCAAUGCAACUUAUUAUGUGACUUGUUUAAGCAAAUGUUUUUAUUUAGGCUUGCCAUAACAAAGGGGUUGAAUACUUAUUGACUCAAGAUAUUUCAGCCUUUCAUUUUUAAUUAAUUUGUUUAAUAAAAAAAAACAUUAUGGGGUACCGUGUUUAGGCCAGUGACAACACAUCGGAAUUUAAUCAAUUUUAAAUUCAGGCUGUAGCACAAUAAAAUGUGUAAAAAGUCAAGGGGUGUGAAUACUUUCUGAAGGCACUGUGCUGGAGAAAAUCAGGAUGGCACAAGCCUUUGAACCAAUCAUCAGAUGGGGAAUAUAUAUAUUAGGGGGGACGGCCUAUAGAAUGAGGUGUAGGUAGCCUGCUGGGAACGGUAAUGGUUUGAAAAGGCUGUGCCACCACACCAUUGGACAGUUUCCAGGAAGACGCCAAGGGAACUGAGAAGAAGGAGCUUGGUGCUCUUGAAUAAACAAACAUUUUGCUAGCCUGGUCCCCGAUCUGUUUGUGCUGUCUUGCCAACUCCUGUGGCUAUUGAAUGACCAUAGGAGUUGGCAAGACACCAAAAACAGAUUAUCAACCAGACUACUGAGGUAGAGCUUGUUGCCCCUGAAUGAACCACCAUUUUACUGCAAAACAAUACCUGAUGGAGGACAGAAAGAGAGAAAACGGCAGAUUACAGACACAGAUAAGUGAACCAAACAUCCUGACUGACCUCCUCCCAUCUGUCUGCUUUGUUGUGUCUUCCCAGCGUUCACCUCGCUGCACCUGAUAGCCACAGGCGUGUCCUGUUUCCUGGGGGCGGGCCUUCUGUCCUUUCUGGUCUACAUGUACAGUCAGCGCUUCCACAAGCCCUCGCAGGAGUCCGCCGUCAUACACCCCACCACGCCCAACCACCUCAACUACAAGGGCAACACCACACCAAAGAACGAGAAGUACACGCCCAUGGAGUUCAAGGUAUUGUCACAGGUAUUCAAGGAUUGUCACACACGUAGACACAAAUGCACGCAUGCAGACACGCGCUUGCAUACACACACCAAGAAACACAAUUUUCUACGUAGAGAUUCCAUAUGCAUAGGUUUAUUUCAUUACAUGAACUACUGUACAGGGGAUGAGUUAUGGUGAGAGCUCAGAACAUGUAUGUCUUAUUUGUCUUCAUCUGGUUUCCUUACUCUACUUUCUCUUCACAGUCUCAGUCCUUAUUAAUGGCCCUCGUUAGCCUGUUGUAGCCAUGGACUCCCACUGCUGUUUAUAAUGCUGGAACCAGCAUCUUUUGAGGAAGGUAGCAGCCGAAACAUCGUUGCUGGCUGAACAAUAUUGAUACAUGUAAAAUCAAGCGCCACCCUCCUGCCCCACCUUCCCUACGUCUUGGCCCUAACAUCUGUGUGUUCCUGUGAGCCAUGGUCCGAUCUCAUCGAUCUGUCCCACCAUGGCAUUGCCCUCCCUGCAUGUGGCAGGGUUAGCCCUAGGACCAACGUUGUAUCAUGAUCCACCUUCUAUACAUACUGCAGUUGCAUAUUCUAUUGCCCCAUAAUUAGUCAAGUAUUAUGCUAGGAUGCUCUUUAUCUCAGGUGACGGUUGCUGCUUCUCAGAAGGAAACCUGAUUAUUUUCUAAAGAUGUCAGCCACCAGCUGGCUGAGUGAUGUGUUUGUGGCUGAUUGAGGCUGGAUCCUAACGUGUUGCUGAGGCUGGGUCCUUAUGCUGGGCCCUAAUUAUGAGAGUCAUAUGGUGAGAGCAGGGUCUCAUUAGGUUAAUGAUCAGACCAGGCAUAUUUCAUACGACAGGUAGCUAGCUAGCUAUUAGCCUGGCAUCCUAACUGAUUUCUCUACGUUUCACCAUUGAGCGCAGCAUUCAGUCUGGUUAAACCAGGCUAUCUAGCUAGAGCCACUGGCUCAACCUGAGAACUACUGCUGUUAUUGUUGCUCUAGCCAUCACAUUAUGCGGUUGUUUCUUCACAGGCCCUCACCACCCUCAUCCAUGAUGGCCGACGUUGUUGUGCAUUUCACUGAUUCUGUAACUCAUUUACAGAGCAGUGUUUGGCCUAGAGCUAAAUGACAUUACUCAACAGCCUCCGUAAAGUGUUCCUUCCGUCGGCGUGUUGUGGCUUCUAGCCGCCACGACCUGCCUCUAAAGUGCAAGUGCAUUAAAUUAAGGGUGUGUCCCAAAUGGGACCUAAUUUCCUAUAUAUUGCAGUACAUUCCCUAUGGGCUCUGAUCAAAAGUAGUGCACUAUAAAGGGAAUAAGGUGCCAUUUGGGAUGCAGACUAAAGGUUUUUUAGGUGCCUACUGUAAUUUAUUCAUGUCUCUCAUAUUUGUUCAUUGAUUAUGCUUGAUGUUUGACUGCUAAAUCAAAUUUGUUGAAGUGUUGUACCUUGCUUAGAAAUCUACCCUACAGUACCCAGCACUGUUGCCCACUUUUCAACCUGUAAGAGUCUAAUAUAUUGAUAUUGCUCCUGUCUGAGUCAUUGGUAAACUAACCCAUCUGUUACAACACUGGUAUAAAACUCUUAUGUCACUGUUAUAACACUGUUAUGACUGUUUUCUCUACUCUUCCCACCUCACCCAGAAAAACACUUUACUGAACAGUACGUACCUUUUCAACCCAUCAGUGUUUUUUGUCUAAUUUUGUAGCCACUGUCACCUGUUAUGACACUCUUCUCUCCUCCUCCAGACCCUGAACAAGAAUAACCUGCUCCCAGAUGAGAGGUCUAACUUCUACCCAACGCCCCUGCAGCAGACUAACAUGUACACCACCACCUACUACCCCACAGCGCUGGGCAAAUAUGACUACAACAGGCCUGACUCCUCCCCUUCCCCCUGCAGGACCUAUAACAACAGCUGA